GUGGCUGCACGGCUGUCUCAAGCUGUCUCUGCCUCUGUGCCUGGCCCUUGCCCUGUCCCUCUCUAGGGUCACCAUUCCCUGUGCCACAUGGGCCCUCUGUCUCCUGCCAGCUGGGUCCUCCCCAGGACCAUGCGCCUCUGGGGGCCUCGGAGCCUGGGGGUGGCUCUGGGAGUCUUCAUGACCAUCGGAUUUGCCCUCCAGCUCUGGGGGGGCCCCUUCCAGAGGAGGCUACCUGGGCUGCAGCUCCGACAGUCCGGGGCCUCAUCCCCGGGACCAGCUGUCCCGUCCUGCCCCCCACGACAGCGACUCGUGUUCCUGAAGACGCAUAAAUCUGGGAGCAGCUCUGUGCUGAGUCUGCUUCACCGCUACGGGGACCGACACGGGCUGCGCUUCGCCCUCCCCGCCCACUACCAGUUCGGCUACCCAAGGCUAUUCCAGGCUUCUCGGGUCAAAGGCUACCGCCCUCAGGGUGGAGGCACACAGCCCCCCUUCCACAUCCUCUGUCAUCACAUGAGGUUCAACCUGAAAGAGGUACUUCACGUCAUGCCAUCUGACAGCUUCUUCUUUUCCAUUGUCCGAGACCCAGCGGCUCUGGCCCACUCUGCCUUCUCCUACUAUAAAUCCACGUCAUCGGCUUUCCGCAAAGCACCAUCCUUGGCUGCCUUCUUGGCCAAUCCCCGAGCCUUCUACCGGCCCGGGGCUCGUGGGGACCACUACGCGCGCAACCUGCUAUGGUUUGACUUUGGCCUCCCCUUCCCCCCAGAGAUGAGGACCAAGAGAGGGAAUCCUCGUCCCCCCAGAGACCCCAACCCGCCACAGCUGCCUUCUGGCUCUGGCCCUCGAGCCCACACCCUGGAUCCCAAUGCUCUCUUCCAUCCCGUUCCCACUGUUGCUGAUGGUCACAGCCACGCGUCCAGCCCUGCCUCUUUAGAUUUGGGGUCUUCAUCCUUCAUCCAGUGGAAUUUGGCCUGGCUGGACUCUGUCUUUGACCUGGUCUUGGUGGCCGAGUACUUUGAUGAGUCAUUGGUCCUGCUGGCAGAUGCCCUGUGCUGGGGUCUGGAUGAUGUGGUGGGCUUCAUGCACAACGCCCAGGCUGGAGGUGGGCAGGGCAGAAGAGCUGUCGGUAUUGGUGGACUGACCGCUGAGGAGAGGCAGCUGACUGCACAGGCCCGAGCCUGGAACAACCUGGACUGGGCUCUCUAUGUUCACUUCAACCGCAGUCUGUGGGCCCGGAUAAAGCAAUACGGCCAGAGACGGCUGGACAGUGCUGUGGUGGAGCUCCGGGCUCGCCGAGAGGCCCUGGCUAAACAUUGUCUGGUUGGGGGUGAGGCUUUAGACCCUAAGUACAUCACCGACCGGAGGUUCCGCCCUUUCCAGUUUGGGUCAGGUAAGGUUUUGGGUUACGUGCUUCGGAGUGGCCUGAGCCUCCAAGACCAGGAGGAGUGUGAGCGCCUGGCUACCCCUGAGCUACAGUACAAGGACAAGCUAGACGCCAAGCAGUUCCCCCCAACAGUCUCUCUGCCCCUCAAGACUUCAAGGCUACCCUUGCCAUAGGCAUCAGACCACUAAGUCUUAGGCUGAAGAGCAGCUAAGCGACAAGGGCACAGUGAUGAGCGUGAAGCAGCCAGAUGCCCUUUCUGCUUCCCUCAGAGAGCACGUCUGCUCCCCAGAGGACCAGUAGAACUUUGCACAGAUGUGGGCCCCGCGUCCUCCAGCCUGUGCCAAGGAAUCCCAGUCCCAGCAGCAUCCUCCCCCACUCUUUCCCCCUUC